AUUUCUUGUCCUCGCAAAAGCGCAAUUCUGUUGCUUCUCGCAAAAGACUCGCAUCCUUCAGUUCCUCUCUGUCUAUCGACGAAACCUAAAAACCUUCACUCGACGGAGAUGGACUCAGAUGUCGCCAUGGUUCCGGCCGGCGAGGGCAGCUCCAGCUGCGCCGCCGGAGCUUCGUCUUCAAGCAAGAAGCCGAAGCGCUUCGAGAUCAAGAAGUGGAAUGCCGUCGCUCUCUGGGCUUGGGAUAUCGUGGUUGAUAACUGCGCAAUCUGCAGGAACCAUAUCAUGGAUCUCUGCAUCGAGUGCCAAGCCAAUCAGGCCAGCGCAACCAGUGAGGAGUGCACUGUCGCUUGGGGUAGGCAUUCCUUUAUUUACUUAAUUCGUCCGAAGCCUUGGUUCUUAUUGGUAUCUGAGAUUGCCCGAAUCCUGAAUUGUUUUUUAUGGGUCUAAUUGUCAACUGUAUAGCUUCAUUAACUGGGGAGUGCUUUCUUCUUUUGGUUAAUUGCCUGUGUUUAGCUAUUUGCCCUCAGUGAAUGUCUCAGCUGCAUUGAACUAUGAAGAUUGAUUAGAGUUGUUUUGGUUUGUGAAGUUUUUAACUGCGUGCAACUGUACAGGAUGGUUAGGCUUGUGGUCUGUAGUAGUUUGUAUAUUGGCUCGAGCCUCGAGGGUCAUUCUUAUAUAAUCGUCACUGUCUUGCCGGUUUGAAUGUCUCUGUUAGGAUAGGUGGAGAAUGCUCUGCUUGUAGUACUGUUAGAUUAAUUUAAAGCAUUAUAAAUUGGAGAAUGAUCGCAAUGGUUGGGAGUCAGUGGAUGAUUUUUGUCUACUUUUGGAUGUGUUGGGUUAUAAGCUUAUGCUCACCUUCAGACUGCGGUAUUAGUAAUCUGUUUUUGCUUUGGUUUUGAAAGUAGGAAUUAUAUGUAUAGGAAAGCUCACUAUGAGCUCUUUUUGGACUUGUGACGAGAUAUCAUGGGGAUCAGGUUCAUCCUUGAGGGUUUUAGAUCAUGUUGAGCUGAAUGUCUGAACCUUAUAGUAAGUCUAGAUUUCUGCAUGCUAGUUGAUACUUCCAGGGGUUUGUUUUGCCUAUUUGCUUCCUUUUCUGGAUUGUAUAAGUCGCAUCUCGUUGUUAUGCAUGGAAAAGCUUGUGAUUCUGCCUUGUUGAGUGCUCAACUGUGUUCUGUCCCUAUCCCUUAUACCAGCCUGGCACCAAUGCAUAUUGUUCACUUUCUACACCAAUUAUGUUUCAGCCCUACUUAGUCUGACUCUAGAUCGCUGAACCAAUGCUAAUUCCUAUCCCCUGCUCAGGUGUCUGUAACCAUGCUUUUCACUUCCACUGCAUCAGCCGCUGGUUGAAAACCCGCCAAGUCUGCCCUCUCGAUAACAGCGAGUGGGAAUUCCAGAAGUACGGGCACUAGUGGAGUCUAUGACUUGAGCGUGAUAGCCAGGGGGUGCCACCAAAUUUCAUCAUGUCUCGGAAGACUUUCCAAGGAGUUUGUAAAUUGGCAUUUGCAGAAGGGAAAACACUAAACAAACACUUGUUCCUGUGUUUUUUUUUUUAACUAAGCUGAGUGCUAUAAUAGGGCAGAGCUCUUGUUUUCUGCUUAUGGCUUUGGCCCUUAACUGUCUUUCCCCCAGUUUUAGGUCCAGGGUAAGUUUUCUAUCCGGUUGAGCAAAGUGAUUAAUUGAGAUGUUGGUAUAUGCUAUCCAUUAUGUCGCUCUCCUUAUUAGAACCUUUCUCUACUGUGUUCUCUUUCGUCGUAAUCAGCAUGGGCGGAGCAUUUUGUUCUUCCAAUCGGCUGGUGGCGUUUGCUUGUGU